UCUAAAAUUAUUUAUUAUUUUGCAGUCAUAUCUGAAAUGCCAAGUUCGCCGAAUUCUCCAUUAACCACAACUGAGUCUUUUGCCUUGAGCACAGCAUUUGGCCUGGUCGCCUUAACAAUUGUUAUUGGAAAUAUCUUGACCAUCGCUGCAUUUACAAAGACAAGGCUUAUCCGAAAACCAACGCACUACUUUCUCAUUUCUCUUUCCGUGGCAGAUUUGAUGGUUGGCACCUUUGCAGUCCCUCUUUACAUCUGCCAUUUUGUAGAAUUUAGCCUCUGGAACGGAAGCCAAGUGAUCCAGACCGUCUACUACACUAUCGACAUUGCAUCUGGCAUGGCCUCGGUCUUUACCCUAGCAGUUGUUUCUGUAGAAAGGCUUUAUGCAGUCGGUUGGCCCUGGAAGUACCGGCACUCUACGCCAAUAAAAUGGUACAUUUUCGCUGUAACUACCACCUGGUUUUUAGCUGUGGCAAUAUCUUGCCUUUACUUGGGAUACCGCUUUAAUUUGAUAUCUGGUGUCGUCAACAUGGUUACAGUAAUUUCUUUAUCAGUUUCCAUAGCAAUCGCCUGUUUCGCUUACAGCGCUUUGUUGAUACGAAUAAGACAUCGACGGAGGCGUCGCAGAGAUGUUGAAAGGGAUAAGAAAUUAUCAAAAACUUUGCUUGUUGUUACUACAAUUUUCAUUAUAACUUGGAUGCCCUUUGAAUCCAUAAUUAUAAUUGUUCACUUCUGUAAAGACUGUGCGCAUCCUUCGAUUAGAAUAGUAUACGUCAUUAAACUACUUCAAUACAGCAAUUCCUUUGUGAAUACGCUAGUAUAUUCAUUUCGAAUGCAAGAUUUCCGUAAAGCAAUUUUUAGCUUCCUCAGAACCGGUUCCUUAAGUUCUAAAAGGCGUCGCACGCGGGUAAGGAAUGCUACAGGAGUCACGUUGACUUCAGUUUCCAACGUGACUAACACUUUUUUAGCUUUAAGUCCAAACUUGCUACAUGCUAACAACUUCUUGAAUUCUGCAAAUGGACCCACAGGACACCGUCGCUUGGCAAGAACGAGAGGAGAUUUAUUCUCAAUGUACAGAAGAGCCAAAUAUUCAACAAAUAACACAAACGUGACAGAAUCCGUUUAA